AUGUCCACCCGGUACCACCAGGCAGCUGCUGAUGGCAAUCUGGAAUUACUGAAAGAAGCAACCAGAAAAGAUCUUAACUCUUCGGAUGUGGACGGGAUGACACCUGCUCAGGUGGUAGCUUAUCAUGGCAACCUAGAAGCUCUCGAAAUUAUUUGCAGACGAGGAGGUGAUCCAGAUAAAUGUGACAUUUGGGGGAACACCCCUCUGCAUCACGCAGCCUCCAAUGGCCAUGCCCACUGCAUUUCCUUCUUAAUCAAUUUUGGCGCUAAUGUCUUUGCCCUGGAUAAUGACAUGCAUUCCCCCCUUGACGUGGCUGCCAGCAGGAAUCAAUUUGAAUGUGUCCGAAUUCUAGACAACGCUGCUACUGAGAAGCAGGUAAAGAACCCCAAGAGGGUCUCCAGGCUGAAGGCCCAGGCCCAGCGAGAUGCAGAAAGGCAGAUCCGGGAAUGUGAAAGACGCCAACAGAAACACGAACAUGAAAUGGCUCGAAGUUUCCAAGGGGGAUCCGUACAUUCUGCAAAGGGAACUGGCAGGAAGGCAAAAGUGUCUAAUUUCUUCACACCGGGCUCACUAAACGCAUUGCCCAAACAUUUGAAAGAUACCUUCAAGCUGAAGGCAAAAAAGAAAGAGGAGAGUUUGCACAGUCAAGGAGCAGGGAGCACUGGCCAAGGGAAGGACAGUGCAGCAGGCCGAAUGGCUGUGAUGGAUGUAUUCCAUGAAAAGGAUGAGGAAGAACUAACAAAUCACUUUAAAAAAGGAGCCAGGUUUUCCAAUGAUGACGACGACGACGAUGAGCUGGCACAGAGGUCCAUUUUCAAUCGCCCUGGUCUUGGCAACCUUGUAUUCAGAAGCAAUUUGUCCACAGGCCAAAGCACUGAUGCAGUGUUUCCUGGCAAAGAAGGAGGUACUGUCAAAAUACCUGAAGAAUUGUUUCAGUUGAAAGAGCCCGAAACUGUUGGUGACCAAGAGGAAGAAAACAAUCUUGAAGAAUCUUGGAUUGAAGAAGAAAUUGGAUGGGAUGAUGACAACACGGAGACCACCCCACUCGAGGUCUUUUUAGCAUCUCAGAACCUGAAUGAAUUCCUUCCCAUCUUGAUGAGCGAAAACAUUGAUUUAGAAGCUCUCAUGCUUUGUUCAGACGAUGACCUGCGGAGCAUACAGAUACAGUUGGGCCCAAGGAAGAAGAUUCUCCAUGCCAUUGGCAGAAGAAAGCAGGUACUGGCAAGCCCUGGGAAGGCCGAAGAUACAGAACUAUAA